UCAGAUAAUGGGAUUAUAACUAAGUAUUAUAGAUUAAAUAUAUAACUUAUUUUGUAUUCUGGUGGAAAUAAUUUUCUUGUAGAUAUAUAUAUUCGAAUAAAAUUCCAUUUUAUAUAAUCCUGAUUUUUACCUGUCUACCUUGUAGUAUAAUUCCUCAUAAUAUUAGUUUUAAACUAAUUACCCACAUUUUUUUCUUUCCUUCAUGCAAUCUUCUUGUGUUUGGGCUUUGCCCCUCCCAUCAACCUCAUCAUUUUCACCCUGAUGACCUGAUACUACCUUAGGUUUCCCUGUUUAACCUGGCUGUUGGUUUUAUGGGAUUUGGCAACAUACCUGCCUUUAAAACUAUGCGAACCCUGAGAGCCUUACGUCCCCUCCGUGCAUUAUCUCGACUGGAGGGAAUGAGAGUUGUUGUAAAUGCACUUGUACAAGCUAUCCCUGCCAUCUUUAAUGUGUUAUUAGUGUGCCUCAUCUUUUGGUUAAUUUUUGCAAUUAUGGGUGUACAGUUAUUUAAUGGAAAAUUUCAUAAAUGUGUGGAUGAGGAGGGUGAAAAACUCAAUUGGACCUUUAUACCAACAAAGGAUGCAUGUGUAGAAAGAAAUUAUACUUGGUUUAAUCCUCUCAUCAAUUUUGAUAAUGUAUUAAAUGCUUACUUAGCACUUUUUCAAGUAGCAACAUUUAAAGGUUGGAUAGACAUUAUGAACGAUGCAAUUGAUUCUAGGCAAAUUGGCCAACAGCCUAAAGAUGAAGAUAAUAUUUAUAUGUAUUUGUAUUUUGUAUUUUUCAUUAUUUUUGGCUCAUUCUUUACUCUGAAUUUAUUCAUUGGUGUCAUCAUUGAUAAUUUUAAUGAACAGAAAAAAAAGGGGGGUUCCCUUGAGAUGUUUAUGACAGAGGACCAAAAGAAAUAUUAUAAUGCCAUGAAAAAAAUGGGAGAGAAGAAACCUGCAAAAGCUAUUCCUCGACCAAGGUUUAAAUUACAAGCAGUUGUAUUUGAUCUAAUUACUAACACAAAAUUUGACAUGGCAAUCAUGUUAUUUAUUGGACUUAAUAUGUUGGUGAUGGCAAUGGAACAUUAUCAUCAGACUGAAACGUUUGACAGUAUUUUAGAAAGAUUAAAUAUAUUCUUUAUUGCCAUUUUCACUACUGAGUGUGUAUUAAAAAUGUUUGCGCUUAGGUGGUAUUAUUUCAAAGAGCCAUGGAAUGUAUUUGAUUGUGUGGUUGUAACUUUGUCCAUUUUAGGCAUUGCAAUCAAAGAUCUGAUAGCAAGUUAUUUUGUGUCACCUACUCUUCUUCGUGUGGUUCGUGUUGUGAAAGUUGGUCGUGUCCUCAGGUUGGUCAAAGGGGCCAAAGGGAUUCGAACCUUGCUUUUUGCUCUUGCCAUGUCUUUGCCAGCACUCUUUAAUAUUUGCCUUCUGCUUUUUCUAGUUAUGUUUAUCUAUGCCAUAUUUGGAAUGUCUUUUUUCAUGACUGUAAAACAUCGUGCAGGCAUUGAUGAUAAUUUUAAUUUUGAAACAUUUGGUCAAUCAAUGAUUCUUUUAUUUCAAAUGUCAACAUCAGCAGGUUGGGAUAGUGUGUUAUUAGGUAUUAUGGACGACAGUGAUUGUGAACAAGGUUCUGAAGAUGAAGGUAUUGAAGGAAAUUGUGGUAAACCAGGUGUGGCAGUUGCCUACUUGAUCUCCUAUUUAAUUGUCAGCUUUUUAAUUAUAAUUAAUAUGUAUAUUGCCGUCAUUCUUGAAAACUACAGUCAAGCCACAGAAGAUGUACAGGAAGGCUUGACAGCAGAUGAUUAUGAUAUGUAUUAUGAAAUAUGGCAGAAAUAUGAUCCAGAAGGUACACAAUAUAUCAAAUAUGAAGAUUUGAGUGACUUCCUUGAUGCUCUAGAAGAACCACUGCAGAUUGAGAAACCUAAUAAGUACAAAAUCAUUGACAUGGAUAUCACAAUAUGUAAAGAUGAUCUUAUGUAUUGUGUCGACAUUCUAGAUGCACUGACCAAGGAUUUCUUUGCAAGAAAAGGUACUGCUAUAGAAGAAUCUGCAGAGCUUGGAGAAGUUGCUCCUAGGAAAGAUGUAGAAGGUUAUGAACCAAUCAGCAGUACGCGUUUCCGUCAACAGGAAGAAUACAAUGCUCGUGUUAUUCAAAGAGCAUGGCGUCAUUAUAAAGGGUGUAGUGCUACUGAACCUCGUCAGCAACAGACUGCAAUUGUUAUUGAAAGUGAUGGCCAUGUAACUAGAAAUGGUCACAAAGUUGUGAUUCAUUCUAGGUCACCAAGUGUUACAAGUCGUUCCACAGAUGUUAAUAAUGUGACAUACAAAAGCAAAUAUUUGUUUUGUAUAUUUCCCAAUUCAAUUUGGCUAUUGGAAAUAUCUAUAAUAAUGAUCAUGAUCCAAUUAUCNUUUACUAACACUGUAAAUAACUUUUAUUAUUUAGGGGGUUCCCUUGAGAUGUUUAUGACAGAGGACCAAAAGAAAUAUUAUAAUGCCAUGAAAAAAAUGGGAGAGAAGAAACCUGCAAAAGCUAUUCCUCGACCAAGGUUUAAAUUACAAGCAGUUGUAUUUGAUCUAAUUACUAACACAAAAUUUGACAUGGCAAUCAUGUUAUUUAUUGGACUUAAUAUGUUGGUGAUGGCAAUGGAACAUUAUCAUCAGACUGAAACGUUUGACAGUAUUUUAGAAAGAUUAAAUAUAUUCUUUAUUGCCAUUUUCACUACUGAGUGUGUAUUAAAAAUGUUUGCGCUUAGGUGGUAUUAUUUCAAAGAGCCAUGGAAUGUAUUUGAUUGUGUGGUUGUAACUUUGUCCAUUUUAGGCAUUGCAAUCAAAGAUCUGAUAGCAAGUUAUUUUGUGUCACCUACUCUUCUUCGUGUGGUUCGUGUUGUGAAAGUUGGUCGUGUCCUCAGGUUGGUCAAAGGGGCCAAAGGGAUUCGAACCUUGCUUUUUGCUCUUGCCAUGUCUUUGCCAGCACUCUUUAAUAUUUGCCUUCUGCUUUUUCUAGUUAUGUUUAUCUAUGCCAUAUUUGGAAUGUCUUUUUUCAUGACUGUAAAACAUCGUGCAGGCAUUGAUGAUAAUUUUAAUUUUGAAACAUUUGGUCAAUCAAUGAUUCUUUUAUUUCAAAUGUCAACAUCAGCAGGUUGGGAUAGUGUGUUAUUAGGUAUUAUGGACGACAGUGAUUGUGAACAAGGUUCUGAAGAUGAAGGUAUUGAAGGAAAUUGUGGUAAACCAGGUGUGGCAGUUGCCUACUUGAUCUCCUAUUUAAUUGUCAGCUUUUUAAUUAUAAUUAAUAUGUAUAUUGCCGUCAUUCUUGAAAACUACAGUCAAGCCACAGAAGAUGUACAGGAAGGCUUGACAGCAGAUGAUUAUGAUAUGUAUUAUGAAAUAUGGCAGAAAUAUGAUCCAGAAGGUACACAAUAUAUCAAAUAUGAAGAUUUGAGUGACUUCCUUGAUGCUCUAGAAGAACCACUGCAGAUUGAGAAACCUAAUAAGUACAAAAUCAUUGACAUGGAUAUCACAAUAUGUAAAGAUGAUCUUAUGUAUUGUGUCGACAUUCUAGAUGCACUGACCAAGGAUUUCUUUGCAAGAAAAGGUACUGCUAUAGAAGAAUCUGCAGAGCUUGGAGAAGUUGCUCCUAGGAAAGAUGUAGAAGGUUAUGAACCAAUCAGCAGUACGCGUUUCCGUCAACAGGAAGAAUACAAUGCUCGUGUUAUUCAAAGAGCAUGGCGUCAUUAUAAAGGGUGUAGUGCUACUGAACCUCGUCAGCAACAGACUGCAAUUGUUAUUGAAAGUGAUGGCCAUGUAACUAGAAAUGGUCACAAAGUUGUGAUUCAUUCUAGGUCACCAAGUGUUACAAGUCGUUCCACAGAUGUGUGAUAUUUAUAAACAGGGAAUGGGGGCUUUCUACAUCAACAUUAUCUACACAGAAAUUGGUUGAUGAAUGAUCGCUGACAAUAUCUGCAUGAAGUGUAUAUUUUUAUAUUCUUUAUGCACGGGUUGAGUACCAGUCUGCUUGCAACACCUGUACUUGGUUGACAUAAACCAAUGUUUUCCAUGUUAUUUUUCUAAUGACUGAUUAGUUGUAAUUAUGGUCUAUUUACACUACUUGUAAAUAUGCAAACUAAAAAAAGGGAUAAAGGUCCCAUUCUUGUUGCUACAAUAGGAUAAAUGUGGAGGCAUCUAAGUUUUACUUUGUUUUAUAUAUAUUAUGAUUUAUAGACAUUUUACGGAUUUUAGAAUGUAUUUUUUAUUACAUAUGAUGUUAUGACAUAACAAAGUGCUUUUAUUUACAAAGUUUCCAGAGUUUAAAGGAAAAAUAUGUCAGAAAUUACUAGAGAGUGAUUGUUAAAUUUGUUAUUAUCAUUAUUCUGAAAGUUUGUUUUUUACUUGUGUAUAUAAAUUAUAUAUAUAUAUUAUAUAUAAUACAUAAAUGGGAGCAGAAUUUGUACUGCUUCUCUAACAUGUUAAAUUUAUUCAAAGGAAAGAGAUGCAAAUUAUUUAAGUUUUUGUUACCUAAUAUAAUUUAUUUAUUUUUUAGCACUUUGGACAUUUAAUCAAUGCCAAAUGAAAUGAAUGUUUUAACUAGAAAACUUCAGUGCCCACCAUUUACACAGAAUGUGAAGGAUGUAAAUGUGAUUCCAAUAGAAAUAUGAUUCUGUAUCAGUAACAACUCACAGGUGGGUUGGAGGUGGUUCUUGUUAAGUUAGCUGUUUUCAAAAACUAAAUUCGAAAGAUUCUGUUUAAGAACAGGGUUUCUUAUAAGAAGAAAUAUAAAAAUGUAAGGGGAUCAUUCCCCUUAUCAGUGAUAAUGUAUCUAUAAGAAUCUUCCUCAGUUUUUCUGCUUCCUAAGCUGAUGGCAUUAAAAAUUUUGCACUUACGAAUAGAUUCAUGUUAUCAGCAUCAAGCUGUGAAAUUGGGUGGCAAACAACUUCAGCUAUGUUACAAGAGUGUUGUUAUAAAAGGAGUAUACAGCUUUGAGGGUAUAGGGGUGGGAAAAUCAAUGCUUAAUUAUCUCAUGUCCUAAUACCUCUGCACUGUACCUUUAAAAACACUCUACAAAGCUCAGUUUUCCUGCCGCUUUUAAAUGAGCAGAGAAAGUGAAAGAGUGAUAAGAGUAACUAAUCUACAAAGUUAUUGGCUGAGUUCAGAAGUUGGACUUUUGGCCACCAGACUUUGAAAAGCAGAGAUUAUCAAAACUCUGCAAAAUCUUAAGAGAUUUUAUUUAUCAUGUGCCUUUCUGCGUUGUUACUGUUGUCACAAGAAAGCAUAAUCAUUGCAUCAUAAAUCAGCUUCCCACGCAACAAUACUUGCUUUCUUAUAUCCUUUCCAACAUUUUUCAAGCCAUAUAGAUAAGACUAUGGUUUCUUUUCAAAGUGCACAACAUUAUUUCAUAAAAAGAAAAAAAUGAAGCAGAUCUCACCAUUGGCUUGAUGUCUAUACUGCUAGUAUAUAUAAAAGCUCAAGACUGCAAAUAAUUUAUAAUAUCCUAUACCACACUAUGCAUUGGAUUUUAUUUGAACACAACUAAAGUGGUGGUUGUAUAAUUAAUUCUAAAUGUCAAGAAUAUAAAGGUUUUUGUUAGUUUCUUCUCUUCUGGGAAAAUCAUCACUCCAUGUAAAAAAAAUCAGAAAAAUCUAGCAUAAAUUAUCGCCUGUUAUACAUAGCAGGAGCUAGUAUAGAAUUAUUACCUAACUCCAAUCCUAGUAACUUAGUUGCCACUGAAAUAGGCACUCUAGCAUUCAUGAAAGUUUUAUUAGCUUUGAAAACAAUGCAAUCACAGGAUAAAACAUUGAAGAGGAAUAUGAUACAUUCCUGUCAUCCUGUCUGUUCUAGUGAAAAAAAAAUUUAAAAAAUAUAUGAAAAACUUAUGUUUCAAAGAGCCUGAACUCUAACUCUUAACUACAAAGCAUGGCUUUGAGAAUGACAAGUUUAUAAUGGAAGAAUCUGCUAUGCUGAAGAUUGCUUCAAGACCUUGACUCGCCAUUUCCAUCUUACCACCCAGUUUCAAUCAUUUUCUCAAUUAUGCCUUUUCAGCUUGUACUUACUUUGUAAAAUGUUUCACAGUUUGUACCAUACUGCCUGUAAAUACAUCAUUGAAUAAAUUUUUGAUAAUUUAUCACAACGAACCAAUGCUCAAGCCAAAGUCUGCUGCAUUGUGAUUUCUUGACUAAAUUAAUCUUUACACUUCAACAAAAGCUAACUUACACGACGACGGUAUGAAAAUUCGUCUCGGAAGCAACUAAUCAUCACACGUUUACUAUUAGCAUUUAUUGUUGUUUAAAGCUAUAAAUAUUGAACCAAAUAAUAUAGAAAAAAUUUUAUAAUUGCAAAAAAUCAUAG